UGAAGCAAAGCACAGAUAUUUCAAGCAAAUGGCAUCCAUUAUGGGAAAUUUUACGAACAUAUGCUAUUCAUUGUCCCUUCGUCAUCAACUUUACCAAUGUUAUUUGAAUUUAGCAACUGAGGACUUACCCGAGGAAAAGUUGGAAGUUGGUCAAAGUAUAAAUGUGAUUGUACCACAAAGGCAGUUUUAUUAUGAAACUGAAUGGAUUUUAUCGACUGAAACUCAUGCAAAAGUUUCAUGGGCAAAAGAAGAAGGUGUAACUUACCAGAUUGGAGCCUGUGUUAUUGUUGACAAAAAGGAUGAUAUCGUAUUUGGCAAGAUAAACAAUAUUUUUGUAGUACAACAUCAAGUCCUGUUAGAUGUCCAGCUAUUGACAGUAGAAUUCCAUCAACACAUCAAUUCAUAUAUUGCUUCCGACAGCACAACUUUUAGCGUAUUUGUUUGGGCUCAAGAACUUCUUGAUCAUCAUGUAUAUGGUUUGUACUUAAAUCCUGAUCGAUCAAAUACAGUUGACACAGAUAAUUAUCGUUAUAUUAUUUUGAAAUACAGUGUUAUUAAAGUUUAAUAAUGUAUCAGUGUUGCUGUAGCACUCUUGCUGUUACUGUCAAAGCAUAGGUGUGGCCUGGAGACCAAUGUGUCAUUAAGACACCACCAAUAGAAGGAUAAGUGUUAUGACAACACCUAUUUUUUA